AAAAGUGACGUUUAUCAAAGCUGUACUCGGUAAAUUUGUAUGAAUGUGUUUGCUGGGAAUACAUUUCUCUGGUAUAGGAAAAAUGUUAUGGAUGAUUUCAAUCAAACAACAGUGAAGCAAUUUAUUCUUCUUGGACUCACCACCAUCCCUCAACUGAAGGUUCUUGGGUUUGCCCUGUUCCUGGUGAUGUACACAUUUACUCUGGCUGGAAAUCUUCUUCUGAUCACGGUGGUGAGAAUGAACACUCAGCUUCAGACCCCAAUGUACUUCUUCCUCACAAACUUAUCGUUUAUUGACAUGAGUUUCUCCUCUGCCAUUGUGCCCGAGAUACUAAAAAACACAUUGUCUCAGGACAAAAGUAUCUCCUUUGUAGGAUGUGCAGUCCAGAUGUGCUUCAAUUUAGGCUUAGGAGCAACAGAGUCCGUAAUACUGGCCGUCAUGGCCUUUGAUAGAUAUGCCGCCAUCUGUAAACCUUUACAAUAUAAUACAAUCAUGGAUAAAAAGCUCUGCCUAUAUUUGGCUAUUGGAUCAUGGACCGUGAGCUUUAUCAACUCCAUCGCUCAUACGUCUCUCACCUUCCAUCUUCCAUUUUGCAAGUCCAAUAACCUUAACCACUAUUUCUGUGAGAUGCCUCCAAUCCUACGACUGUCUUGCAGAGAUACUAUGUUCAAUGAAAUAGCAAUGUACAUAUCUUGUGGGAUACUUGGUCUUUGCUCGUUUGUGUUGACACUCACGUCUUAUGUCAAUAUUAUCUCUAACAUCAUAAAAAUACGCACCAACAAAGGGAGACACAAAGCAUUUUCCACCUGUGCUUCUCAUCUGACUGUGGUCUCGCUCUACUAUGUCACUAUAAUGGUUAUAUACAUGCGUCCGCGCUCUAGUUACUCACCUGAAAGAGAAAGAGUUCUAUCCAUUCUCUACACAGUGGUGGCUCCCAUGUUAAAUCCCAUUAUCUACAGCAUUAGGAAUAAAGAAGUUAAAGGCACCUUGAGAAAGAAAAAUGAUGGAGGGUAA